AUGUCGGCUCUUACUGUUCGCUCUUUGCAAGUGCCAGUCCGAGAUGUCGCUUGGGUUACUUGGACAUCAAGUACAUUACAGAUCUGGGAGAUGGUAUAUGAUGAGAUUCUAGAGGAGAUUCUAGAGGAGGACAGCUCUACUUCUGAGUUUAAACCACCGUCUCGAAGUCGUUUGGAAUACCGCCGUGUAUCCCCCGUCAAAACCAGAUCCAGAUUUGCGGUUGUUGCGGCCUGCAGGCCUUCGACACUCAUGAUGGCUAUGAUCCCGACACGCCUAGUCGACGGCAACCUCGAGGGUCCCGUCUUCCUCCCCCAUCUUCACCGACCGUACAGAAAACGCAAACCUCACGCUCCCAAGGGAAGUCACGGCAGUAUUGCACACAAGUGUGCCUUCUAG